AUGGCAUCCUCCUCCCACGACGACUCACAUAGUCCCAGCCGCACUCACCCUGCCCCCAAUGUUGCAAGGGCUGUGGUAUACGAACGCUACGAUUUGACGCACGUCCCCAAACAUCCUGGAAUCGGCUGGACACGCUUCGUCUGCAUAUCAGACAACCACUCGCGAAAGUUCCAUGUCCCUCCAGGCGAUGUGCUUCUCCACGCUGGUGACCUUUGUAGACGCGGGACCCUAAAGGAUCUUGAGAUCACCCUAGACUGGUUGAAACAACUCCCUCAUCCCGCCAAAUAUUUUAUGGCAGGCAACCAUGACCUUUGCUUAGACGAGCAGUACGCAGAUGGGGGUGAACUGCGCCCAUACAAACCUUACAAUUUGAACUUGCAGACGAACGUCAGAGAUAUUGUGGCUGCGCGCAACCUGGUUCGCAGUCCUUCCGUCCGUCAGGCGGGCAUGCACUAUCUUGAAUACGAUACUGCCACCUAUACCGCAAAGAGCGGCAGGACAUACACCAUCUACGGCUCGCCGGCCGCUCCGAGGUUUCAUUCCAUCGGUGCCUUCCAGUAUACCCAUGAGGAGGCCGAGGACGUUUACGCCCGCAUUCCCCCAUCUAUCGACAUUCUCAUGACACACGCACCGCCUCUCGGUGCGUGCGACAUGAGCAAGAGAGGACAACGUGCCGGCUGCCCCACACUCGCGCAGCGCCUCGAGAGCGACGAGCUGCAGAGCUGCAGGCUGCAUGUCUGCGGACACAUACACGAAGCCCGCGGGGUCGCAGUCGUGGGCCAGAGCGAGCAGAACCCUGACGGAAGGGUCUGCGUCAACGCGGCGUUACCGUCUGCACAGCUGCCUAUCAUUGUAGAUCUUAUGGACUGA